AUGGAGGACUUAAGAGUAAGGUACAAAAGACUGCAGGAGAAACGCAGAAAUACCAAGAAGGGAAAAGUAGUGAUAGGAGAAUGCAUAACGUUUUGUCCUGAGUUUGAAGGUCUCGAGCGAGUUCUUAAUAAUGAAGUAUCUCCUUACGAGACAGAGGUUAUGGUAAAGAAGUAUCGGAAAUCGUUUCCGGACUCGGGAGGAGUUCUUGCAGAAGAUAUAAGGCCAAUUGAAGUAUUAUGGAGAGUAAUAAACCAUGUCAUCAGACUGUGUGCAGAUGACCAGAGUAUUCAAAUAUACAAAUUUGUAGAGAACAGAAUCAGAGCAGUCUUACUAGACAUGAAGGUCCAAGAAGAAAGAGGAAGGGAGGCAAUUGAGAUACUUGAGAAGGUUGUCAGGUUUUACAUUGUCUUUAGAUACCAGCUGUAUGAUCAUCCUCAGUUCAAUAAGGAUUUAAAUUUAAGCCAGCUUAGGAUGGCAAUGGAAACUCUUAUGCGGUUGUAUAGCUUAGAAAGCCGAGGUUAUGAAAAUAGGAACAAAGAAGAGUUCUACUGUUAUCACAUUCUAGCCUCAAUGUGCGAGAAAUAUGUUUUAGAUUCGGGAGAACAGGAUGAUGGGCCAAGAAUAAGGUUAUCGAUGGAAAUCACAAAGAAGUACAUGCAAGGAAAUGGGGCGGGAUUCUUCAGGCUUCUGCGAAAACUUGACUAUAUUUCAUUCUGCCUGGCGCAAUCCUUUAUAGGAGAAGUUAGAGGAAAGUGUGUGCAACUGUUUAAGAAGUCCCUUGUAGAAAAAGUGAAGAUUGGAUUUUUUGGAGAUGUCCUGUUGACUAGUGAGGCAGAGGCCGAAGAUCUCUUUCGAGACAAGGGGAUCCCCAUUAGGGGAGGAAAGGUGGAUUUUGAGGAAAAGGGAUGUGGAGAGGAAUAUGAUAAAGUAGUUCCUAAAAGCAGAAAGAUAGAAACAAAUGUGAAGAAGCCAGUUGUUUUUAUGCUCCAUGGGGCGGUGGAUUAUCAAAUCCUGUCAUAUAUUCUCUCUGCAGUGCUUUGGAAAAAAUUGAAUAUCUCCAAGGAGUCCCUUUGUAAUAAGUUCCCGAAAGACAAGGAAAGAUUGGGCUCUGUAGAGAGAAAGACCGUUGUAAGGAAAAUAUGUGUUUCCAUACUUGAAGAGAUUAUUAGGAAGACCACUAUUGAAGUGUUCUCUAGAAUCAUGUUCCUAAAUGCGUUGAGAGAAUACCUCGUUAAGUGGAGGAACCAGGCGAUAGCAAGGAACAAAGAUGUUUUGGCCAAGAACAAAUACAUCCUGCUAGUUGUACUGGACAGAGAGGUAUCCUCGGUUUCCCUUGUGGGGAAUAUCAACUCUUCCAUCUUGAAUAUUCUUGCUCCUACGAUUACAUAUAUAGAAAAGAUUACUGUAGAUGAGAUGCUGAUGUAUAAUCUUUGUAUUUUCUCAACUUCAAGAAACAGGCGUGAAAGACUGUACAACAAAUAUCGAAUGGUUAAUCUUAUUGUUGAUACUCCCCAGGGUCUUUCUAAAAGAGUCGACGAAAUCUAUGAAAGAGCAGUGAAUUCACCAAAGAUCAGGAAGUCCACACUGCUUACCCUCAUUGGUGAGAUGAGCAAGGUGGAAGCAAUAGAGACAAUCGUUAAGCUCAUAGACAACGGAAGAAAUGAGGACUCCCUCGAAAAUAAUCUUUCUCUGCUAUAUGACGAUAAGCCUCUCACUGAAUGCGACGUCUACUACGAAGAGGGAAGUAUGGGCCACACUGGUUUGUGUCUGUAG